AUGGAGACUGAUGCUUAUCCCGCGCCGCUCACAUGGCUUCAGUGCCAUGUGGUCAAAAUCCUGGAGGCAGCUGGAGUCCCCAGCUUUCUCUUCGGCAAUGAGGCGUUGAUGAUCUACCACUUCUACAGCGGUCCCAAAAGCACAGAAUUGGAAUGGGGAAUCCCUGAUCGCUUCAUGGGGAAAGCCACCAAGGCCCUGGAGGAGGCCGGCUUUAAACUCCACCUGGCUGCGAAUAACCCGGAACAUGGCGACCCGGACUACGAAUUCAAGUGCCCGCCGGAUAUCGCGACCCGGAUCGAAAACGCCCCCGACGUCUGGCUGUAUCACGCAUCACGCAUUUGUUGGAAUUUCCCUGAUCCCCCCAUCGGGCCUCUUGGGGUGAACGGAAAUGCCUACUACACCGUGACCUCCCAUACCCGGUUCUAUUCGUCGACGGACGUCCACGUAGACCGUCCAAUCACUCUAUACAAACGUGGUGCCGACAAUGUCACGCGGCCCACGUAUGAUAGCGAGCGGUACCUGCAUCCGUUCAGCAUCGACCCCUGGUUCUCCGAGCAGUACGAGACCAACCCGCAGUUCAAGGAGAAGUAUCGGGCCCGACCCUACUGGUACAACCGCCUUGGACCCAACAACCCGUCCCUGGAAGAGCCGCCGGUGUACGUCAAAAUCCUCCGACCGGAGAAGUGGAUCGAGGCCGCCAUCCUGCGCCUGGUCCGCAACCUGACCGUGACCGACCGGGAGGAGUACUCGGAUCUGACCCUGUCCAAGGUGGCUCGCAAACAUCUCCGGCGACGCAUCCCGCCCAACCUGGUGCUGGAAAACCUCCACGACCCCUUUCGCACCUACAUGGAACGCCUGAUGCAGCUGGCUGACGCCGAGCCCGACAGGACCAAGGAGCUGCGCGACGACGUCUUCCUCCAGAGACUGUAUAACGUCCUCCGCGCCAAGGACCAGCUUCCUCCCCACGGCGACACCGCCAUCGCUCGUCCCGAUGGCGCUCAGCCCAAUCUACGGGGUAUCUUGGAGGCCGCCCGCUCCGGAAGCCACCGCGCUCGUGACGACCAGUACCAGUACCCGGAUCCGGAUCCCCUGAACCUCCUGCCCCAGGAUCUGUUGGUCGAGCUGCUUAAUUCCCCUGGUAUCAGGGAGAAGUGGGCCGGGCGGUCCCACUGA